AUGGAUAAUGAGGUAAAUAUUUCCUACAUAACUCUGGGGGGGUAUGUGGAAAUGAACAAAUACAGAUAUAUAUAUUUUGUUAUUAUGUUUACAGUAUAUAUUUUAAUAAUCUGUUGUAAUUCUAUCAUUGUGUAUCUGAUUUGGACAAACAAAACCCUCCAUGAGCCCAUGUACAUUUUCAUUGCAGCUUUGUUAUGUAACUCUCUCGUUUACAGCACCACUGUUUACCCAAAGCUCCUGAUUGACUUUUUAUCUGAAAAACAGAUAAUAUCAUAUUCCGUUUGUCUUUUCCAAUUUUUUUUAUUUUACUCUGUAGGUGGUACAGAGUUUUUAUUGUUGGCAGCUAUGGCAUUUGACAGAUAUGUGUCUAUAUGUAAACCUCUGAGAUAUACAACAAUCAUGAGGAAAACCACAGUGAAUGCAUUUGUAGUUCUAGCCUGGAUUUUACCUCCUUGUCAAAUUGCAGUUGAAACAUAUUUUAUUGCCAAAUCAAAGCUGUGUAACUUAAAUUUGAAUGGAAUAUUUUGUAACAAUGCCAUUUUCAAACUUCAGUGUGUCAGAUCCAAACCACUAACUGUUAUUGGGGUUGUUGCUUUAUUAGAUGUUGCAAUACUUCCAAUGCUUUUCACAGUUUUUACAUAUAUAAAUAUAGUUAUAACAUCUUAUCAAAAGUGUAAAACCUUCAGAAGAAAGGCUGCUGAAACCUGCAUACCACACCUGUUAGUGUUAUUCAACUUCUCCUAUUUGGCUGCAUAUGAUGUAAUUAUAGCUCGAGUGGAAUCUGAUUUUCCUGAAAUUGCUCGCUUUAUAAUGACAUUGCAAGUACUUUUAUAUCAUCCUCUGUUUAAUCCAUUCAUAUAUGGGCUCAAAAUGAAAGAAAUUUCUAAACGUUUAAAAUCAUUCUGUUUACAAAAAAGCUAA